ACUAACCACAAGACAUAAAAGAAGCAUUCAAUAAAACACAAUUAUUUUAUGCUUUUCUCUCUCUCUCUCUCUCUCUCUCUACACACACUAUUAAUGGCUUCUCAACCUCCAAGACUUCCAACAACAAUUGUUUUUUCUUUAUAUGCGUCCCUUUCGCCGCUUUCACUGGAAAUCAAAAUCUAAACAACAAAAAAAACCUUUUUUUUCUUUGUUCUUUUCACUUCACUAGCUGAAAAAAAUAGUAAAAAAUAAAAAUCGGAAAAAAAAACAUUUUUUUACUAUACCCUCUUUGAUUUUUUAGUAUAAAAUUCCAUUGUAGUUUCUUCUCAGUGGGAACAUGUUCAUUCAUCUUUGAAUAGAAGUGAUUUUCAAAAUUCUCUCAACAGUGAAAAAGCAAAAAAGUGUUUUUUUCUCAACUCACUUUACUUUGUUUUCACAUGGUUUUUGUCUAAUCCUUUUUUUCUUUUCUUCUCUUUUUGUUUAUAUCCAUUGAGUUUUGUAUACUUGCAAAACUUUGUGUCUUGUGCUGAGAAGAAACUUCCACUUAUAGUUUCAUAUCUUACCAACCCUUUAUUCUCUAUUCAAACAAAUGAUAUUGUUCUUGCUAAAAAUGAAUCUGUUGAAAUUCACGAAGAAAAACCACUCCUUUUGAAGUUUAAACACUACCCUUUUGGUUCUUAGACAUGUUUCAUUCUACAAAGAUGAUGAAAUUCAGCAGCAUAUAUUUGUUGUUUGUGAUAUUUUUUGGUUCUGUUAUGCUGCAAGUGUUUUCUGUUGAUGAUCCUGUUUUCAAUGAUGAUAUAUUAGGCUUAAUUGUGUUUAAAGCUGGUUUACAAGAUCCUAAACACAAACUCAUUUCAUGGAAUGAAGAUGAUUACACUCCUUGUAAUUGGGAAGGUGUGAAAUGUGAUUCUUCAAACAAUAGAGUCACUUCUGUUAUACUUGAUGGAUUCUCUCUUUCAGGUCACAUUGAUAGAGGCUUAUUGAGAUUGCAGUUUCUUCAAACUCUAUCACUUUCUGGUAACAAUUUCACAGGUUUCAUAAACCCUGAUCUUCCUAAACUUGGAAGUUUACAAGUUGUUGACUUUAGUGAUAACAAUCUCAAAGGGACAAUUCCUGAAGGGUUUUUUCAACAAUGUGGAUCUUUGAAAACUGUUAACUUUGCUAAGAAUAAUCUUACAGGUAACAUUCCUGUUUCUCUUGGCACUUGUAACACAUUGGCAAAUGUUAACUUUUCUUAUAAUCAAAUUGAUGGAAAAUUGCCAUCUGAGGUGUGGUUUUUGAGGGGAUUGCAGUCACUUGAUGUUUCAAAUAACUUGCUUGAUGGAGAAAUUCCUGAGGGGAUUCAAAAUCUUUAUGAUAUGAGAGAGUUGAGUUUGAAGAAAAACCGAUUUAGUGGUAGAAUUCCUCAGGAUAUUGGUGGCUGCAUUGUUUUGAAAUCACUUGAUUUGAGUGGUAAUUUGCUCUCUGGUGGAAUUCCUCAAUCAAUGCAAAGACUCAAUUCUUGUAACUCUCUCAGUUUGCAAGGAAACUCAUUCACAGGUAACAUUCCUGAUUGGAUUGGAGAGUUGAAAGAUCUAGAAAAUCUUGAUCUUUCUGCUAAUAGAUUUUCUGGUUGGAUUCCAAAGUCAUUAGGAAAUCUUAACAUGCUGCAAAGAUUGAAUUUUUCAAGGAAUCAGUUAACCGGAAACUUGCCGGAUUCGAUGAUGAACUGUACUAAGCUUUUGGCUCUUGAUAUCAGUAACAAUCAAUUGAAUGGUUAUCUUCCUUCAUGGAUUUUUAGGAAUGGUAACUAUCAUGGUCUUGAGGUUUUGGAUUUGUCUUCAAAUUCAUUUUCUGGUGAAAUUCCAUCUGAUAUUGGUGGUCUUAGUAGUUUGAAAAUCUGGAAUAUGUCUACCAACUAUUUCUCUGGUUCUGUUCCUGUUGGUAUAGGCGAACUCAAAUCUUUGUGCAUUGUUGAUUUGAGUGAUAACAAGCUUAAUGGAAGCAUUCCUUUUGAAUUAGAAGGUGCAAUUUCACUUGGUGAAUUGAGGCUACAGAAGAAUUCCAUUGGUGGGAGAAUUCCGGAUCAAAUCGCGAAGUGCUCGGCUCUAACAUCUUUGGAUCUCUCUCACAACAAGCUUACUGGUUCAAUCCCUGGAGCCAUUGCAAACCUAACCAAUCUUCAGCAUGUAGACUUGUCAUGGAAUGAACUCUCUGGAACUUUGCCGAAGGAACUGACAAAUCUUUCCAAUCUUUUAUCGUUUGAUGUAUCCUACAAUCACCUUCAAGGUGAGUUGCCGGUCGGUGGUUUCUUCAACACCAUCCCCUCCUCAUCAGUUACCGGUAACUCAUUGCUGUGCGGUUCUGUUGUCAACCACUCCUGUCCAUCAGUUCAUCCGAAACCUAUUGUCCUCAAUCCCAAUUCUUCUGCUCCCAACUCCAGCGUUCCGUCAAAUUAUCAUCGACACAAGAUCAUACUCAGCAUAUCUGCUCUUGUUGCUAUUGGUGCAGCUGCUUUAAUUGCCGUUGGUGUCGUUGCUAUCACUUUCCUAAAUAUGCGUGCGCGUUCUGCAAUGGAACGUUCUGCUGUCCCAUUUGCAUUCUCCGGUGGUGAGGACUAUAGCAACUCACCGGCGAAUGAUCCAAACUAUGGCAAGCUUGUCAUGUUUUCUGGUGAUGCAGACUUUGCUGAUGGCGCACACAAUCUCCUUAAUAAAGAUAGUGAAAUAGGCCGUGGUGGAUUUGGAGUUGUUUAUCGCACAUUUCUUCGAGACGGGCAUGCUGUUGCGAUUAAAAAGCUUACAGUCUCAAGUUUGAUCAAGUCCCAAGAUGAAUUCGAGAAGGAAGUGAAAAGGUUUGGGAAGAUUCGGCACCAGAAUCUUGUAGCACUCGAAGGCUAUUAUUGGACUUCAUCAUUGCAGCUCCUCAUUUACGAGUACCUAUCAAGUGGGAGCUUGCAUAAGCUACUACACGACGCUAACAACAAAAAUGUCUUAUCAUGGCGACAAAGGUUCAAGGUUAUUCUCGGCAUGGCAAAAGGGUUGUCACAUUUGCACGAAACAAACAUAAUUCACUAUAAUCUUAAAUCAACCAAUGUUCUUAUCGACUGUUCCGGCGAGGCAAAGAUAGGAGAUUUCGGCUUGGUGAAGCUGUUACCAAUGCUGGACCAUUGUGUGUUAAGCAGCAAAAUUCAAAGUGCGCUAGGAUACAUGGCACCCGAGUUUGCUUGCCGCACAGUUAAAAUAACCGAGAAAUGCGACGUGUACGGUUUCGGGAUCCUGAUUUUGGAGAUAGUGACAGGAAAAAGACCUGUGGAAUACAUGGAGGAUGAUGUGGUGGUUCUUUGUGACAUGGUGAGGGGAUCAUUAGAAGAAGGAAAUGUCGAGCAUUGUGUUGAUGAAAGACUUUUAGGUAAUUUUGCAGCUGAAGAAGCAAUUCCUGUGAUAAAAUUAGGAUUGAUUUGUGCAUCACAAGUGCCAUCAAAUAGGCCUGAUAUGAGUGAGGUGAUCAACAUAUUAGAGUUAAUUCAGUGCCCUUCAGAAGGACAAGAGGAAUUAUUAGAAUGAAUUUUGAGACAACAAAUAGCACAUAUUGGAAGUACCUGGUGAAGUAGAAUCCAGUUUAAAAAGUUAUUACACAUGCAAAUGAAUAUUCAGUCAAUUUUCUUUUUUCAACUUCUUGUUCCUUUUAAGUUGUUGAAUCCUUUGUUUUUGUUUUUUUCUUUGUUCUUAUUUUUGUUUAUCCCAUGUUGUAUUACUGGAUUUUUCUUCACCAGUUAGACUGCUUAUAUAAUGAUAUAUCUUAACCAUA